ACAGCAAUACCUUUACAAAAUGAGAAUGGAUCUAGCAAUGACAGAGACAACCUGUUAAUGUUGUACUUGGACCAUAAUUCCAAAUCGAAAACGUCAGCAUUCCACGCAUUUCACACACAGCUCGAUUCUCCGAGGCAUAGAAAUUAGUCAUGCAAGUGUCAAAAUUCAAAUAUGGAAUUUGUGGGUCAAACAAGAGAACUGAACGGAGGAGGAAGAUUGCCUGUAAUAGGGCUUGGGACUGCUGCUUGGAACAAAUUUGAGGAGAUUAAGUCUGCAGUCAUAGUGGCCCUGCAGGUUGGUUACAGACACUUUGACACUGCAAGCUAUUAUGGCUCAGAAGGUGCCUUAGGAGCAGCACUUAUGGAGGCCUUCCAAAGUGGUGUUGUCAAGAGAGAAGAAGUGUUUGUUACUACUAAAUUGUGGGAUGACGAACAUGAUGAUCCUCUUGCUGCUAUUUCCAGAAGCCUAAAGAAUUUGCAGCUGGAAUACGUGGAUUUGUUUCUACUCCACUGGCCUGUAAGGUUGAGGAAAGGAUAUUCUCUCCCACCUAAAGAAGAAGACUUUUUGCCCCUGGAUAUCAAAUCUACUUGGCGAGGGAUGGAAACAUGUUUUGAGAUGGGUCUCACUAAAGCCAUUGGCUUGAGCAACUUCUCCUGUAAAAAGAUUGAGGACUUGUUCAGCUAUGCCAAAAUUCUUCCGGCUGCUAAUCAGGUAGAGAUGCAUCCAAUGUGGCAGCAGAAAAAAUUGAGAGAUUAUUGCAGCAAGAAGAGAAUUCAAGUAUGUGCAUGGUCUCCUCUGGGAGGGCAAAACACUACAUGGGGAUCAAGCGUGCUGAUGGAUAAUCCCAUCAUUCAGGAAAUUGCUCAAAAGCAUGGGAAGACCGUAGCACAGGUUUUGUUGAGGUGGGGAAUAGAGCAAGGAGUGUGUGUUGUCACCAGAAGCUUCAAUAAAGGAAGAAUAACAGAGAAUUUUCAAAUUUUUGACUGGUGUUUAACUGCAGAAGACUCUGAGAAAAUUAACAAGCUUGAGCAGAGGAAAAUUGUAAGGGCAGAACAUCUUGUAAACUCCACAACUAGCCCUUAUAGAACUGUUGAAGAGCUAUGGGACGGGGAGAUCUAGUCUUAAAAGAAAGAAACAAUUUAUCAUAAUCAAGAAGUGCAUGCAUCAGCGAGCUUUGUAGAAUGGAAAUAUGAACUUCAUUUCAGCUAAUAUAUUUUGUUAUAUAAAUUGUGGAUUCUAAAAUUUCUAAGAGGCUCAUAUAUGCUUUAUAAUUGUAAACCUAUUUUAUUAAUUGUAUAUUUUAUUAAGUUUUUAAUAAAAA